GUUUUUAAAUUGUCAAAGUUGACGUAGUGUCAUUUUUCAUAGAAAUUUACUAUUUUUAGUUUAAUUCAUUUUCCCACGUUUCCAAUUCAGAUUUAUUCAGACUUGGUUUAACUAAUUGUGAGUGUCUUCUGGAACUUAAAUUGUAAAUAAAAUUGAAGAAAUAUGGGUCGAAAACUUCAAUCUAAACAAACUUCGAAGAAACGAAAUUCAAAGGAAGGAAACAAAUUUAUUCAACAAAAGAGAAAAGAACUUUCAAAUUUAGUUGAUAAAGUACUUAAAUUAACAAGCAUAUUUCAAGCUACAGGUACUGUUUCCAAGAGUUGGGAGCACCAUUUACAAAUCGAAGGACUAAUUAAAGAUAUUGUAAACAUUGAAACGCCAAUGACAAAAAUUGAAAAAAGUCAGAGAAAAUCAAAUUUAGAAAAGUAUGUUAAAUGGUUAGAAGAAAAUGGAGCACAGUUUGAAGGUGUUGCUAUUUCUGAUUUUGAUGGCUAUGAGCUUGGUUUGAAAGCAACCAAAGAAUUUGGAGAAGGAUCACUAAUACUGACCAUUCCCAGUAAACUAAUGAUGAGUGAAAAAAACGCAAAAGAGUCAGAUCUGUCUGCAUUUAUUGAUAUUGAUCCUCUUUUACAAAAUAUGCCAAAUAUUACUUUAGCUUUGUUUUUACUACUUGAAAAAAGUAAUCCAGAUUCCUUUUGGAAACCAUAUAUAGACUUUUUACCUGAGAAAUAUCCUACAGUAUUAUAUUUUACAUCAGACGAGUUAGCUGAGCUACGGCCUUCACCUGCAUUUGAAUCAUCAUUAAAGUUAUACAGGAGUAUUGCGAGACAAUAUGCUUACUUUUACAAUAAAAUACAUACUAUAGACAUACCUGUUCUAAAGAAUUUACAGGAAAUAUUCACCUUUGAAAAUUACCGAUGGGCUGUGUCCACGGUGAUGACUAGACAAAAUAAUAUUCAACUUGAAGACACCACUACAACCGCUUUUAUACCUCUAUGGGAUAUGUGCAAUCAUGAACAUGGGAAGAUAACGACUGAGUACAACAAGGAACUGAACCGAGGCGAUUGUUACGCAUUGCGAGACUUCCAGCCUGGCGAACAGAUAUUCAUAUUCUACGGAGCGAGAACGAACGCCGACCUAUUCCUACAUAACGGAUUCGUGUACCCGCAGAAUCAACACGAUAGUCUAUCUCUAACUCUAGGUGUAAGUUCUAGCGAUCGGCUCAAAGAGGCUAAAUUGGGUCUCCUGGCAAAACUCGGCCUAGCCGGAGUCACGCACUACAGCCUGUAUAAGAAUUCAAACCCGAUCAGCGCUGAAUUACUAGCGUUUAUAAGAAUAUUUAAUAUGAAUGAAGAGGAAUUAUCGAAAUGGUCGAGCCAAAGUAUGCCAAGUGACCUAAUUUCGUCAGACGAAAGUUGUUCGAAAUCAGUAGGAGAUUCUAUCGACCGGAAGGCGUACUCCUAUCUCCUCACUCGAUGUGAACUACUUAGAGCUUCUUAUAAGGAUAGCGGAAGUGAAGACGUGUCCUUACAUAGGCAAAAUAUAAAACUUUUGAAGGAAUGUGAAGUACAAAUAUUAGAUAAAGCUAUAGAGUACUUAAAGAAUGUUUUAGAAAAGCUUCCCACCGCCGAGAAAUGUUAAAUUUCUGGUCGUAUUUCAAUUACGAACCUUAUUUUAAGCAAAAUUAGGCUGAUUUUGUACAAGUUUUUUGUGAUUACGACUGACUACUAACAAAUCAUGACAGUAUUGCAAUAUUUUAAAAUAUUUACACCUUUUUCUUUAUUAUUUAUUUAUUUUAAUUACAACGAAUUUUUUAAUCAUACGUUUGUUGAUCUGUUUAACGUGAUUUUGCUUUUGCUGUGUGCGUGUAUUAUAAAAAAUAAUAUAUUGUUUUCUAAAAUAGAUUUUUUAAUGAAAUAAAAAAAAAAUGUUUUUACUUAUAAAAUCUUAAUUUCUAUUCAUUCUUAAUAUACUAUUUACAAUUCUCAUGGUUCUUUAUAUACCUAGUGUGCUAAUAUCUUAAAUGUAAUAAAUUAAAUUAAAUAAGUAAUAAAUUUUGAUGGACACUUA